AGUCGAUAGCUGAAGUCCUUGAACACAAUGGCCGCCCUGCUUGCCAAGUCUUCCGUGGCCGCCGCCGUCGCGCGCCCUCAGCGCAGCAGCGUGCGCCCAUGCGCCGCGCUGAAGCCGGCUGUCAAGGCUGCCCCUGUUGCCACCCCGGCUCAGGCCAACAAGAUGAUGGUCUGGACCCCGGUGAACAACAAGAUGUUCGAGACUUUCUCCUAUCUGCCGCCGCUGACCGACGAGCAGAUCGCCGCUCAGGUCGACUACAUCGUCGCCAACGGCUGGAUUCCUUGCCUGGAGUUCGCUGAGGCCGACAAGGCCUACGUGUCGAACGAGUCGACCGUCCGCUUCGGCCCAGUGUCUUGCCUGUACUACGACAACCGCUACUGGACGAUGUGGAAGCUGCCCAUGUUCGGCUGCCGCGACCCGAUGCAGGUGCUGCGCGAGAUUGUUGCCUGCACCAAGGCCUUCCCGGACGCCUACGUGCGCCUGGUGGCCUUCGACAACGUGAAGCAGGUGCAGAUCAUGGGCUUCCUGGUGCAGCGCCCCAAGAGCGCCCGCGACUGGCAGCCGGCCAACAAGCGCUCCGUCUAAGCACCUGCGCGUAGCAGGGCUCGUGCUAUGUGUGGUUAGAGGCGUUGCGUUCUGGACUGAUCAGUUAUCGGGGGUGAUUUUCUGGUGCAAUUUUUCCUGAUGUUCUAGAUUUGCUUCCGGUAAACUGUGUUCUUGGUUGUGAAAAGCUUUCACUGACCAAUUGAACAUCGAACGCGUGUGCUUCAUGAAUAAAUGGAUGAUCCAUUUUGAGCCUGGGAUCAUAUUCACUAGGACAUUUUGGGAUAUAAACCCUACCAAGAGAAGAAAACACUUCCGUGUAAGCCACGUGAUAUCUCGU